AUAACAACAUGUUGAACUGAUUCAAGAAAAAAAAAGUUGAAAAUAUUGAAUUUGGAUCUUACCCCCAAAAUAUCAGAUUUCUCCACUCCUCCCUACAAAGCUCUGACCGGAUGAAAAGUCUUAUUUGGGUGUACACUGCGGCUUAAAUCGAGUGCAAAUAGGCGCCACAACAUAAUAUUCUCCCUGUGGAAUUUUGGUGGGUAAAGCGCCGACGAAAUCGUUGAACGCUGUCAGGGAGGAGCGCCCUGCAGUUAGCGUCUCUCUUUUUCUACUCCCGUCGGUCCACGUUUCUCCCCUCUCCUCGCCGUCUCUUCAGGCAACCGCCAAACCCGCCGCGCUCGGCGCUCCUUAUCGAUUCACCUAGAGCCGGAGAUCUCUCGUGCACGAGGUAUGUCCCACGACAAAGUUAACCCGACGCCCAAGCCCGAUGCCGGCGGCGGUGUAACCCCAAAACCUCAACCCUACAGCGCCGCGCGCCCAGUGUACCGCCCGCAACACCCACCCCGCCGCCACAAGCGCGGCUGCUGCUGCCGCUGCUGUCUCUGGACCACUUUCCUCAUCGCCGUGCUCCUUCUUCUCGCCGCCAUCGCCGCCGCCGCGUUUUGGGUCCUGUACCGCCCCCAACGCCCCACGUUUGCCGUGAACUCGCUCCGCCUCUCGCAGUUCAACCUCACCUCCGCCGCGCUCUCCUCGAAGCUCGAGAUCUCGAUUUCGGCACGUAAUCCCAACAAAAAGGUCGUCUACGUCUACGAUCCGGUCGCAAUUUCCGCAUUCUCCGACGAAGUAGAUCUCGGAUCUGGAUCUAUUCGGGAAUUCGAACACGGCACCAAAAAUACUACAGUUCUGAAAUCCACCAUCGCCAGAUCCAGGCAGACGCUUGACGGCGGAGAAAUAAAAAAGUUGAAGUCGAAGAAGAGCCUUCCUGUGACGAUAAGGUUGGAUACUAAGGUCAGAGUGAAGGUUGGAAGCCUGAAAACUAACAAAGUCGGCGUCAGAGUCACCUGCGGCGGCAUCCGCGUGAGUGUCCCAUCCGGGAGGUCGCCGGCGAAAGCCACCGCCCCAGACGUGAAUUGCCAGGCUAAUGUCCGUGUGAAGAUCUGGAAAUGGACUUUCUAGGGAAAGGGGGAAGAAGGACGAGUUUGUCAUUUACAUUGUUUUUUAGGCAAAAAAAAUAGAGAAAAAGUAUUGUCAAAUUAAAUAGUUGGUGAGAUAAUAUUUUUAUACGUAUGAAAUAUUUUGGUUGUGUACCUAAUUUACACACUAUUAUUGUGAGUAUAAAUUCUUUUGUUAUUG